AUGCCGCGGUCUUUUCUUGUGGAUUCCUUGAUUUUGAGGGAGACCAACGACAAAGGGAGCGAAAACAAUCCGCCGUUAUUCCCGUACGCCGUCCACCCGUCUCACCCGCUGCACGGACUCUCCACGGGCUCCUGUCACUCACGGAAGGCCGGUCUGUUGUGUUUCUGCCCGUUAUGCGUCACGGCGUCACAGUUGCACCCGUCUCCUCCGACCUUGCCGCUCCUCAAGGCUUCUUUUCCGGCCUUCAGCUCGCAAUACUGUCACUCUGCGCUAUCUAGGCAACACUCAUCCUCCAACGGCGUCAAUCUCAACCACGGCCCCGGGUUAUACCAAGCGACAUACCCAGUUCCAGAUCCCCGUCAAUUUCACUGCAUAUCCAUUGAAAACAACAACAGCCAACUCCAGAGCAGCAAGCGCAUGCGCACAGCCUUCACCAGCACGCAGCUCUUGGAGCUGGAGAGAGAGUUCACUUCAAACAUGUACCUGUCCAGACUACGGCGCAUCGAAAUCGCCACCUACCUUAACCUGUCCGAGAAACAGGUCAAGAUCUGGUUCCAGAACAGGCGGGUUAAACACAAGAAAGAGGGAAAAAACGGCUCACACCGAACGGGCUCACACAACUGCAAAUGUUCGUCAUCCCUGUCCUCCGCCCGUUGCUCCGAGGAAGAGGAUGACCUGCCCAUGUCACCCUCAUCAUCGGGGAAGGAGGACGCGGAUCUGUCAGUCACUCCAUGA